GCUGUUAAAUACCACUUCACAAGGUGAACCAAAUGCCUCGUUCCAUCAGAAGCGUGCUAUUAAGCUCCUCUAGAAAGCAUCCAAGCAUCGCAAGCAUCAGGCUUUUUAAGCAGCCCGGUCACGGCGCAUCUAACGGACUGGGGGCGGAGAAAACGGAAGGGAACCGGUUGGACACAGACACGCAGCGGAUCCCAUGUAAGAGUGUUGAGCAGGUGCUGCUUGCCUGAGAAUGGACUCCAUCUCCAUGACGGGCGGCAGCGCCACUUUUCUGCCCAAUGGCGUAAAGAUGGCCUCCAGGGAGUGCGUGAGGCUGACGGCGGGUGCUGUGGUGGGCAUCGUGGGCUCGGGGGACUUUGCCAAGAGCCUGACGCUGCGUCUGCUGCGGAGUGGGUUUGGCGUGGUGGUGGGCAGCCGGCAGCCCAAGCGGGCGGCUGAGGCCUUCCCACACGUGGUGGACGUGACCCAUCAGGAGGACGCCGUGGUGAAGGCCGGCAUCAUCUUCCUGGCCAUCCGGCGCGAGCACUACUCCUCCCUCUGGGGCCUCAAGCACCUGCUGGUGGGGAAGGUGCUGGUGGACGUGAGCAAUAACCGCCGCUUGGACCAGUACCCGGAGUCCAACGCCGAGUACCUGGCCUCCCUCUUCCCAGAGUCCUUUGUGGUGAAGGGAUUUAAUGUGAUUUCAGCGUGGGCCAUGCAGUCUGCACCAAAGGAUACAUGUAGUCAGGUGUACAUCUGCAGUAACUCCCUGGUGGCUCGGCAGCAGAUCCAAGAGCUCGCCCGCCAGAUGGGCUUCACCCCCGUGGACAUGGGCGCCCUGUCGUCCGCCCGCGGCAUCGAGAACAUGCCCCUGCUCCUCUUCCCGGCCUGGCGCGGGCCCGUGCUCACCGCCGUGGCGCUGUCCAUCUUCUUCUUCGCCUACUCGUUCGUGCGCGACAUCAUCCACCCGUACGUCAGGAGCGGCCUGAGCCUGUUUUACAAAAUCCCCGUGGAGGUGGUCAACCACACGGUGCCCUCCGUGGCCAUCACCUUGCUGGCGCUGGUCUACCUGGCGGGUCAGCUGGCGGCGGCGCACCAGCUGGGCUACGGCACCAAGUACCGGCGCUUCCCCCUCUGGCUGGAGGAGUGGCUGGGCUGCCGCAAGCAGCUGGGUCUGCUCAGCUUCUUCUUCGCCUGCGUGCACACGCUCUACAGCCUGUGUCUGCCCAUGAGGAAGUCAGACAGAUACCUGCUGAUGAACAUGGCCUACCAGCAGGUCCAUGCCAACAUGCAGGACUCGUGGAAUGAGGAGGAGGUGUGGAGGGGGGAGAUGUACCUGUCAUUUGGCAUCAUGAGCCUGGGCCUCCUGUCUCUGCUGGCUGUCACCUCCAUCCCCUCCGUCAGCACCGCCCUCAACUGGAGGGAGUUCAGCUUCAUUCAGUCAACUCUGGGUUAUAUUGCCCUCCUGAUUGCCACAUUUCAUGGCCUGCUGUUCGGGUGGCGUCGGGCCUUUGAGGAGGAGGCCUACCGCUUCUACCUGCCGCCCAGCUUCGUGCUCACCCUGGUACUCCCCGUCACGGUGAUCCUGGGCAAGGUCCUGCUGCUGCUGCCCUGCUUCGGCCGCAAGCUGCACCGUAUCCGCCGGGGCUGGCAGGCCAGCCAGACCCGGAAGGACCCGCCGCGCUCCGCCAAUCACCUGUCACCCGAGCGUGUCACCAUCAUGUGA